AUGCACCUUGUUGAUGCGCUCAGUCGAGCAUCUCUUAACAGUAAACCAGAGAUCGAUCCAAAGGAAAUGGCUCAUCACGUCCACUCGGCUAUCAAUGCAAUUUCAAUUCGCGAAUCAAGACUUUCACAGUUGCAAUGUAAAGCGCGGAUUGAUCCAGAUCUACAGAUCUUGAAGCAGUACACAAUCAAUGGUUGGCCAUCCAAAGACGAAAUUAACAACACUGUAAAUUCAUUCUAUAACCAACGUCAUGAAAUCGUGUACAACAAUGACCUCCUUCUGAAAGGACAGCAUAUUAUCAUACCUACCUCGAUGCGUCGUGAAAUGCGAGAGAUUAUACAUCAAGGGCAUCAAGGAAUCGAAAAAUGCAAAAACCGGGCCCGUCAUGCCGUGUACUGGCCAGGGAUGAACCUUGAGUUAGCUGUCCUCGUAUCGCAAUGUGCCACAUGCAUCAAUCAUCGUAAUCGACAUCAAAGGGAGACAUUUAUCUCACAUCAAAUCCCAGACCAAACUCGGGUAAAGUUUGGCACAGAUCUUUUUACACUCUACAACCGAGACUACGUCAUAGUUACUGACCGUCACUCAAAAUUUAUCGAGGUAGCUCUCAUACCAAGGCCAGUGGAUUCUCCUUCAGUUGUACGUGCCAUAAAAAAGAUCUUCAGCCGACAUGAAAUACCACAAAUUGUUGUCUGCGAUAAUGUCCCUCAAUACAGUGCCUCAUCCCUUUAA